AAGAAAGAAAAAGAGAGACAAGAUUUUGUGGCUGAAAAACUAGACCAGCAAUUCAGGAAAAUGACAAAGCUCAGGUGAAACUUGAAGAUGAGCAGGAGAAGCUAAAGAAACAGAAGACAAAACAGGAAAUCAGGAUCACUUUGCAAAAAGCCCUCCAAGAGAAGAUGGAACAUAUUCAACAGGAAUAUAAAGAAGAGCAGGACUUGGACAUGAGGCUUGUGCAAAGGGCCUUGCAAGACUUACAGGAAGAGGCUGAUACAAAGAAGCAAAAAAGAGAAGAUAUAAGAAGAGAACAGAAGAUAUAUCAUCAAUAUUUGACACAGCGACGUGAGGAAGAAAAUGCUCAGGAGAAAGAAUUGGACAGAUUGUUAGAGGAAGAGAAGGCAAAGAAGUUGGCUGAGAAGGACAAGCAGCUAAAACUUGAAAAAGAGGCAAGGAAACAACUUUUGAAUGAGGUCAUGUGUACAAGAAAACUUCAAGUUCAAGAAAAGUUGCAACGAAAAGCAAAAGAACAAGAAGAACGUGCUCUGGAACAGGAACACAUAAGCAAAGGUCUUAAAGAGCUUAACCGUGAAGAGAAGGAGAAUUUUGCAAGGCGCUCCGACUUAGCCCGGGAGUACCAGCAGCAACUUCAGAUGCAAAUCUCCCACCAGCAGCAGUCCCGGGAGGCAGAGAAGGAGGAGGAGCGCAGAGAGGUAGAGGCCGGGAUGGCAGCAGACAAGAUCUGCCAGGAGAAGAUCCAGGAGCUCCUGCGUACCCAUCCUGUGCUGCUGCGAAACGUCCACCCCAUGCGGAGGGCCUGCCCUAUGCAGCUUCCACCAUAG